UCUCGGCCUGUGGCGACCAACCCGCGUCAGUUUGACACCGGACCGGGUAGCAGCUGUGUUGACGUGGCUCCCGGAAGUGGGGUUGGGGGGGGGGAGGAUUUGGCGCAAGGCCGUCAUGUUGUCGCAGGACAGUAAUGACGACACUGAAGAUGUCUCACUGUUUGAUGCAGAAGAGGAGACAACCAAUAGACCAAAGAAAUCCAAAAUCAGACACCCCGUGGCAUCCUUCUUCCAUCUGUUCUUCCGAGUCAGUGCGGUUGUUGUCUACCUCCUCUGUGAGCUGCUCAGCACCAGCUUCAUUGCCUGUAUGGUGACGAUUAUCUUGUUGCUGUCAUGUGACUUUUGGGCAGUGAAGAAUGUCACUGGUAGACUAAUGGUUGGCCUACGUUGGUGGAAUCAUAUUGAUGAGGAUGGGAAGAGCCACUGGGUGUUUGAGUCCAGAAAGUCAACUCCUGAAGACAACAAAACUGUUUCUGAGGCUGAGUCAAGAAUCUUCUGGUUAGGCCUCAUCGCCUGUCCCAUCCUGUGGGUGAUCUUUGCCUUCAGUGCGCUCUUCUCCUUCAAAGUGAAGUGGCUGGCUGUGGUGAUCAUGGGUGUGGUGCUGCAAGGUGCCAACCUAUACGGUUAUAUCCGCUGUAAAGUAGGCAAUAAGAAGAACUUAACCAGCAUGGCUACCUCAUACCUUGGAAAGCAGUUUCUAAGACAAAACGCUGGGGAUGGUCAGACUUCAUGAGUAAAGAUGGAGCCUAUGUGCCAUGGACUCUGGGGACAACGGACAAGAUUCUUAAUGUUCAGAGCUCAGUCUGUGUUGCAGAGUGGGGUGUUGUGUUAAUUUUGUCACUUAAAAGCUUAAUUUAAAAGAAGGAAACCUGGCUUCAUCUUAAACCAUAUGAGGUUAGAAAGUAUGGCGUUAACUGGAGGCAGAGGCAGAGUUUGUUGAUGGUGUAUGUGUGUAUGGACAGUCCUGUGACAGCAACAUGUCCUAAGUUUGUGUGUUGUUCACGUGAUGGAUCUUUGCAUUUUGAUUCAUAGAAUGUAGGAAGAGGCCGCAGUCUGUCUUGCCUUUGUGUUUGCAGAAUUUUUCUGUACGUUGUUCUUAGAGGUAAAUUUUGAUUCAGUGUAGGGUGAACAUGUUAGUUUAUGUAUGAAUUAGAAACAGUUACUAAUUUUAAAUUGUUCUGUAUGGUAAGAUUCCUUAUCUUAGACUUAUGCAAGCAAGUAAAAGCCAAAUUAGGACAGUUGUGUUAACUGAUUUCUAAAAUUGUUUUUACUUGGUAAUAAGUCAUUUAUUCAAGGUCCAUUUGACAUAAGUGGAUAUUUGUAGCUAUGUGGUGGACACCCAGGGGCUGCUGCUGCUGUGUUUCUUUUGUGGCCAUAAGUCACUCUGGAACCAUCUAAAAUCUCUUAGUGGUUGUUAGGUUAAUGAAAUAUUACCUUUUAAUAAGAAUAUUAUUCUUAUGUAAUAAUGGGAGUAAUUGUUUAACCACUUGGCAUAAUAAAUGCCUAUGAAACAUUGUAUGAAUCUAUUUUUUUCUUAUUAUAAUGGGGAUAUUGUAAAUCACACAUUUGUAUUAAGAAUAUUUCCUAAGACAAAGCAAUAUUCUAUAGACUAAACCAAAUGUAAACUAUUGUAGGCAGCUGAAUUCUUUUGUAGCUACUGUAAAUUUUGUUGGAAUCUUUAGAUUAUGUUGUGAAUACAUUUGUCCAUUGUUGACAUUUUUAAAAUGUCUUGUUUAUUGAAUAAGGGUCUUUAUUAGACUGUAGCUUGGCAGGUGCAUAACUUUAUAUUUAUAUAAAACUGCAGUUUACAAAGCA